AGUCAGAAAUCUUUAAUGUCUUAUUAUUAUCAAAAUGAAGAGUGGGAAGUGGAUGUUGAUGAAGAAGAAGAAGAAGAAGAAGAGGAAGAAGAGAAAUGGGUGAAGAAUUAUUCGUCUAAUCACCAAAUACUGUUGGUGGGUGAGGGAGAUUUCUCUUUCUCUUUGAGCUUAGCUCGCUCUUUUGGCUCUGCUUCCAACAUUCUCGCUUCCUCUCUCGACCCUUAUGAUGUGUUGAUCAAGAUAUACAAGGAAGCAAAAUUGAAUUUGGAAAAUUUAGAAAAGCUCGGGGCAUCCCUCUUACAUGGAGUGGAUGCAACUAAAAUGAAGCUUCAUAGUGAACUGAGAUGGCGGAAAUUCGAUAGGAUUAUCUUUAACUUUCCUCAUGCAGGGUUUCAUGGAAAGGAAGAUCAUGCACAUGUGGUUAAGAUGCAUAGAAAUCUUGUGCACGGCUUCUUCCAUAAUGCAAUAGGGAUGCUUCGAGCAGAUGGUGAAAUUCAUGUGAACCACAAAACUACAGCUCCAUUCUGCCACUGGAAUAUAAUGGAACUUGGUUUAAAGAACUGGUUGGUAUUGAUUGAGUGUGUUGAUUUCAAGAAAGAAGACUACCCAGGUUAUCACAACAAAAGAGGGGAUGGUUUGAGAUGUGAUGAACCAUUUCCUUUGGGUGAGUGCAGCACCUUUAAGUUCAGAUUGUCCCCUACAGCUAAAAGGUUGCAUACCGGGAUAACAAGUAUGGUUGCAUCAAUGCAUGAAAGACCUCAGCAAUUUCAGAGGAUUCCAAAGCAAAUGCAGCAGCGGUCGUCUUCAAUAAAAUUCAGUUCUCGAGCAGGUCACUUAACAAAUAUGGAGCAAACUUCACAGCAUGUGAGUUUUCCAUUAACAAGCAGCACUGGAAAUUCAUUCUCUGGGAUGAAUGAUGGGCACUUGAUCAAUCCUACAGUAACAUUUGGAGGAAACAAUCAUGAUUUAAGACACUCCUUUCACACUCCUAGGCCUGCUAUUCAGGGGAAUUUUAUUCAAAUGCAGCAGUGGUCACCUUCAAUUAGAUUCAGUUCUCGAGCAGGUCACUUAACAAAUAUGGAACAAACUUCACAGCAUGUGAGUUUUCCAUUAACAAGCAGCACUGGAAAUUCAUUCUCUGGGAUGAAUGAUGGGCACUUGAUCAAUCCUACAGUAACAUUUGGAGGAACCAAUCAUGAUUUAAGACACUCCUUUCACACUCCUAGGCCUGCUAUUCAGGGGAAUCCUCUUCAAAUGCAGCAGUGGUUGCCUUCAAUCAAAUUCAGUUCUCGAUUAGGUCACUUAACAAAUAUGGAACAAACUUCACAGCAUGUGAGUUUUCCAUUAACAAGCAGCACUGGAAAUUCAUUCUCUGGGAUGAAUGAUGGGCACUUGAUCAAUCCUACAGUAACAUUUGGUGGAACCAAUCAUGAUUUAAGGCACUCCUUUCACACUCGUAGGCUUGCUAUUCAGGGGAAUCCUAUUCAAAUGCAGCAGUGGUCACCUUCAAUUAAAUUCAGUUCUCGAGCAGGUCACUUAACAAAUAUGGAACAAACUUCACAGCAUGUGAGAUUUCCAUUACCAAGCAACACUGGAAAUUCAUUCUCUAGGAUGACUGAUGGGCACUCGAUUAAUUCUACAGAAGCAUUUGGAGGAACCAAUAAUGAUUUAAGACACUCCUAUCAUGCGCCUAGGCCUAAUUUUGUGAGAGACUUUGCAGCAAUGCCAGGAAGAACCUUGAGUGGUGACAUGUAUGCUUUGCGUGAGCAUCAUCGUAUCAGCAUUUUGAGGUCGAUGCGGCUGAAUAGGUUGUUGGGUCAUGAUCACCAGUUGAAUGAAAGUGAUGAACAGCAAUUGGAGUACAGGUGACUACCGUAGGUUUAGUUUUUGUGUUGGUUAUUUGAAGUAUAUUUGUGAAGAAGUGGUGAUUAGGACUUUUGAAGCUCUGUGAUUGUAUAUUCUGCCAAGUUUUACUUUGAAAGCUGAUCUUUUUCCAGCAUCCAAACUUACAUUCUGGUUA